AAUUUUUUGAUUUUUUUUUAAAUAAGCAGAUUUUUUUCCAAUUCAGAAAGCACUAUAUAUCUUUUAACUUAAAUAUAUUUUAGUUCAGAGUUUAAUUUAAUUUGAUACCUAUUAGUUUUUGCUACAUGCAAAAGAUAAUUAUCUUAAUUUGAACAAAAAAUAAUAAUUAUCUUAGUGCCAAAUGUAUCAAUUUUAUUAAUUAUAACUAAAUAAACUUGAUGAGAUUGAUAUUUUUAUUUCUUUUUCAUCGCCUAUAGUCCUUUCUUAUUUAUGUAGGAACUAGUUGGAUUUUGUAUUCAUUGGGAAAUGCAAAUGGUUAUAUAAACCAUUUAAUAGGCUAGGUAAAAUCUAAUUAUUUUGGUCAUAACAAUUUAGUUGUGUUGCUUGUUACGUCGAAUCCUUGUUCCUUGUGGUUUCCUCGUGAAGAUGUUAGAACCCAAAAUGGAAGAGAUAGAUUGUGAAGACAGGAUCAGUGCUUUGCCCGAAGAGUUGCUUGUGACAAUUUUGUUGCUUGUCCCUAUUAAAGAUGCAGUAGCUACCAUGAUUUUGUCCAAAAGAUGGCGCUGUAUAUGGAUGAUGUUGCCUAGACUUGAUUACAAUGAAACCAAUGAUAUCAAAGAUGAUCAUGAUUGUGGUGGUGGUGAUGAUGAUGAUGAUGAUGAUGAUGGUGAUGGUGAUGGUGAUGGUGAUGGUGAUGAUGGUGAUGGUGAUGGUGAUGGUGAUGGUGAUGGUGAUGGUGAUGGUGAUGAUGAUGAUGAUGAUGAUGAUGAUGAGAGAAAGAAGAGCAUUUGGUGGUUUUUGGACAAGUCACUGAAACUUUACAAAGCACCUGUCUUAGAAAAAUUGCUUAUUAGUCUUGGUCGACGAUGUCCUAGUGAUGCUAAUGUCGGAAAUUGGGUUGAAAAGGCUGUUGAUCGCGGCGUCGUCGUGGUAAAAUUCAAGCUUCGCUGGUCAGCAGGUCCAACCACAUUGCCUAGGAGCCUUUACACCUGCGAAACACUCAAAGAACUGACUCUAUCUAACAAGGUUCUUGUUGAUUUCCCUUCUUCCCCUUCCUGCCUCCCGUCACUCGAACUACUUCAACUUUUCUGUGUGGCAUAUAAAGACGAGGCCUCCCUCGCUAGGUUCUUAUCUAGUUGCCCUGUCCUUGGAAUAUUGAUAGUGAAAAGAAAGAAGAGUGACAAUCUGACGAACUUUAUUGUGAAAGUGUCUUCUUUAUGGAUGUUAUUGUAUCAUAAUACAGCUUGUCUGCAAGAUGACACUGACGUAGUGGAUAGUGAUAGUUGUUUGGUUAUAGAUACUCCGGCAUUAAUAAAGUUUAAGGUCGAUGAUGAUUCAAGAGACUAUUGGUCGAUUGGGAAUAUGCCUUCUCUCGAGGAGGCAUAUAUUAGUGUCAAUUCUUUAUCUAAUUUUGACAAGUUCAUAACAGCUUCUUCGUCGAUCAUGUCUCUUGACUUGACUUUUACCGAUGAAAUGCUUGUGCGUUGUAGCACCCUAAGAUUUUCUCGACUUAUAAAGUUAUCUGUAGAUCCAAGUAGAUCCGACUGGGUGGAACCACUCUUACUUCUACUAGCAAAUACUCCAAAACUUGAAGAACUUUUGGUAAAUUAUGAAUUUAUCUAUGACCUCGAGGAUAUCCCACUUUCAUGGAAUCAACCAAGUUCUAUUCCUGGAUGCUUGUCGUCACAUCUAAAAAUAUUUGAAUGGAGAUACUAUGGACACAGAGAAGAAGAGGAAGAAUUCUUGACAUACAUCCUAGCCAAUUCUAAUUGUUUAAAGACUGCGACAAUCUCCCUCAAACCCAUGUUAGAUCCUGAACUAGAGCAAGAUGCUAUCAUCGGAAAGUUGAAAGAUAUUCCUAGGGUUUCAACAUCAUCUCAACUUUUGGUCAAUUGAAAAUUUAUUUCGAGUUAUCAUAUUUUUAGCCAUAUAAUGAAGCUCAGUUAAUGUGCACGCUUAUCAAUAAAAUGAACCAGAACUUCUAAAUAUAAUGUGAACAAUUUGCUAUUGCUAUAAUGUAAACAAAUUGUAUGCUUUUAACAACUUGUAAGAUUAUUACAGCAACUGAAAAAAUGGAAAAGUAAAAAAAAUAUAUUUCAAAAAUAAAGUAAUACACAAACCUGUGAGCUUAAAACUCUCCCAGGCACCUCAUUCGAGAAAGGUCUCUAACUUUUAACUUUCCUGCAACUCCCUCCUUUUAUCCGACAGUUAUUUCCUUGCUGGGAUAAAACCACUGCAAUAUUCCUAGAAUUUUCAAAUUCUUUUCCUUUUUGGGGAGUGUCUACUGGAUAAUACCCACCUCUGCCACUUUCUCCCCGGGUUCUUCCCCCGACCCUGGUCGGAGGGACCGCUAGAAGCUCGCCGGAAAAUGCCUGAACUCCUAUCUCCGCCCCACUCCAACUAUGAAGACAAAUCGAAGAGGGGAGUUGAAACCGAUAUCCUUGGAAUCUGUUUCUGAACCUCAGAGUCCAGAAGAAAGCUUUUUGUUUGGAGAUCUAAUCUGAAGUAACUUAAGACCUUGCUGAAACAGGGAAUCCUGUACUGCUUGAUACCAACUACAAACUUAACUUGGAAUCUGAAGUUUAGCACCAGCUAUGGAAAGAAGACUUUCUCGAGAAGCAAAAGGAAAAGGCGUUGCAACGGAACCUGCUCAACCACCACGUACGGGACGCAUAAAAGCUCAAGCCCCCGUCAAUACGGACCGCUCAAACAAACUCUCUCUGACCCUAAUAGGAAGAGUUACAAAUCGCUCAGUACAAAUGGUGUGGUCUCUCAUACCUUUCUUCACUGAGAUGUGGAAAGCUGAAGGAGGCCCAGUCGGAUCUGAAUUGGGAAAUGGAAUGUUCCAAUUCCAAUUUGAAAACGAGUCAAAUUUACUAGCAGUACUCGAAAGAAGGCCCUUCCAUUAUGCUAGAUGGAUGGUCAUUCUUCAAAGAUGGGAACCAACCACCUCAGCCUCCUUCCCAUCGCUCAUUCCUUUCUGGAUAAAGGUUCAAGGAAUCCCCAUCCAUCUAUGGGAGGAAAAUACUAUAAAGAGUCUGGCUGAAGACUUUGGAAUCUUUGAAAAGGCGGAGAUAACCGACUUUGCAGUGAGAAUGCGCGUUCAGGUCAAUGGCCUAUUACCCAUAGUCAAGUCCUCGGUCAUCGAGUACCCCAAUGGGGACGAAGUAACAUCAACUUUUGUCUACGAAAAGCUCGAAAAGCAUUGCUCUAAGUGCUCCCGCUUGGACCACGACUUUAAAGAUUGCCUUGUGGCAAAACACCAGGCCCGAGAACACCAUCUACAAGAGCAAUCAACAAAAAAACUCUGUUAUGGAAGAUGACAGGAAGGAAGAGAGAAGCAGACAACCAGGGAACUUAGAUAUCUACCGAUUUACUGCUACUAAGGAGGGUGAAGAUGAUCGACGCACCCACAACUCGGCGUCUUAUGGGCAUCAGCGACUCCUUACUAAACGGGCAAAUGAUAAUCGUCAUGUUUAUCGCCAGGAUCAGGAAAUAAGCUCUAGAAGGGCUUACAAAGAACCACCUAGGGACUG